AUGGACGCGGGUCUCUUCAGCACAUACCAAGAUCUUCAUUGCUGCCCGAUAUGCGGUGUUCGAGUUGGUCCCGAGGGAGAACGCCUCGAAGACCGCGAGGCACUUUGGGCACACAAGUAUCGAGCAUUGUAUGUCGAUGAGAGGACCGGCCUCAAACUGACCGAAGAAUGCGAGUACAUCGGCCCGCGGCCUGGGCGCUUCUAUCACAUACGCCCUGUGUCAGACGUCGAGAACGCGCCCAACGAAACCACCGACGCUCUUGGAGUCGGGAACGGACCUGCCUACAAUAACCGAAGGGGGUUCGUCUUCCACGCCCACUGCUGGUGUGUUCUGAGCAUGGCCAACGGCCCGUCGCCCAUCCCCCUCCAGAGACUGUUCGACGUCUGUUCCUCUCUUCCCAUCCUCGGCAAUACCAUCAAUUGGGGCCAUGACUAUCAAGGAUUCUCCAGGUCCGACGACGACCCUAAUGAUGAAUGGGAUUACAGGUUUUCCGGGAUAUUUCCAGAACAUGGAGGUUUCACUGUCCAGCUCGAUCCUAUACACGACUCCCCUUCCGAGGUCUUCAAUCGUCAUCCCAAUCCUGCGCCUGCUUGGCCUGUCCGCUCCGUAUCCAAUCGUAGAAGAAACAGCGAGGCACGGGAUCCCUUCUCUAGCCUCCCAUCAGAGCUGGUUCUCAUGAUCGCGGCACGGAUGGAAACCGCAGACGUCCUGAAGAUGCGCCAGGCGACCAGGGCAUUCUACCCGCUCCUCCACGAACAGACUUUUUGGAAGUCGAGAUUCGGCCCGGGGAGUGAGCGCGCCUGGGUCUUCAGCGUCUACGACGUUUCACAGCACUCCUGGUUGUUCAACUCCUUCAGCGAGCAGGAACGCCGGCGCUGGCUGGAGCACGGAGCCUGGCAGCCUGGAGACUGGAGGGCGCUGUGGCGGCAAACACGCCCGGGGAAAACACACCCGGAUCUCAUGAAUCUAAAGAGGGUGUGGGAGCUGGCGGAGGACAUCCUCUCUAUUCUGCACUUGAAGAUGGGGCCGACGAAGAACACCGACCCUCUGCCUAAGGUAGCCAGUCAGGGGUACUGGUUCAACCACAAGGGACACAUCCAGUGGCAAAUCGAGAGGGCCAUGAUGACCGGAGACGCGUACCACUUCUCGCAUGGCUGCCGGGAGCUCUACAGCCUCCACACGGUGGUCAAGAAGAGCUUGUGCCGGCUCACCUUUUACUUUGUGGAAUCGGGCGCCUCGCGAUAUCUAGCGGGAAUAAAGAUGACUGAUAGGUCUGGGGACGAGCAGCUCAUGGGCUACGAAUCGCCGACCGCCGUGGAAUUCUCCCCAUACGACUUGGGCCGUACCUUCAGAGCGUUUACUGCUGCGGCGGUUCCGAACGGGAUCGUAGCUGUUCGCGUUCACUGGAGCACGCACGUGUCGGAAUGGCUUGGGGGGGAGCCGGAAGGUGCCAGGACUUGGGAAUUCUCGGUAUCCAGGAGACUGAGAUUGAUGAAGGUUGGAUUUGAUGGGUUCAAAAUUGUCAAGAUCAGUGUGCAUGCUCAGGGAACCGUCCUCCUUGCCGCAGACAGACAGAAGAAGGAGAGACCAAAUUGGUUG